UGGAAUGUAUGGAAUGUUUGUGGAGUGGAGGUCACAUGCUUCCUGUCAAACGUGGUGCUCCACUCCCAUCCCAGACUCAUCUCGAAUAACAAGGUAGUUGCACAAGAAAUUACCAUUCUAACUUUUCUUUGCAAGAGUGAGACAUGGCACUAACUAAGCAAACAAAGGAGCGGGAACAACUGAUGAACAUGUUAUUUACACCAGACAAAACAUCGCCAGAGGAUUUACUGUUUGAUUAUAAGGGGAUCUUGUACCUUCGUACUGUCUGCAGUGAGGAGCUAUUGAAAACACUGGAAACAUUUGAAGCCAGGGAGGAUGAUUUAUUGAUUACUUGCUCUCCCAAAUGUGGUACUAACUGGUUAUUCCAAAUACUAAAUGAAAUGGUGAGCGUACUUAAAAAUCAAGAAACAGUGUUAGACCAACUAACACUUGAGUUUGGAACCCCAGAACUAUUAGAGAAACGUAAAGAACAACCUUCACCAAGGGUCAUGUCAACACAUUUGAGGAAUCACAAUAUACCAAGGUCGUUCUUUGAAAAGAAGGUCAAGAUAUUGUUGGUCCUUCGCAACCCAAAAGAUGCAGCCACCUCUUAUUACAGAUUUCAUAAAAGCUUGCCUGCGCUUCCCACUUAUGAAUCUUGGGACUUGUUUUUCAAGGAUUUUAUAAAUGGCAAUGUGUGUUUUGGAUCAUAUUUUGAAUUUCUAGCUGAGUGGAACAAACACAUUGAUGAAGACAAUGUAAUGGUAGUUAAAUUUGAAGAGAUGAAAACAGAUGGUCUAACUCAACUGAAAGAAAUCUCAGAAUUCCUUGGAUUUGCUCUGACAGAAGAGCAGCUUUGCGAGGUUGAAAGACGAACUUCGUUUGCAUCGAUGAAAGAAAAAUCUGAGAACACACACGGGAAACUUAAUGAAGCUUUCUUCAGAAAAGGACAAGUUGGAGACUGGAAAAGCCUCUUCACUGAAGAACAGAGCAAGGAGGUGGAUGCAAAGUUCCAACAAUAUCUGGCUGGAACAAAGCUGGGAGAUAUGAUGAACUAUUCUAAAUACUGCACGUUUUAGACAUUUCAAUUAAGCUACCAAAAUGCAAAUAAUACACCACUUUUUCUAGCAUUACCCCAAAUAAUAAUUAACAUAAUGCCAAUAUAUUAUACUACUAAAAA